GUUUUGUGCUGCUUUGGAGCGCAAAGAACGUUACGAAUGGAAGGCUUAAUUCCGUGGCUCAAGGAAUCGUGUCCCCGCUUUCACCCAUAAGGUUUUGCUUUCAUCUUCAGAUUUUCGCACCCCUUAACCAGGGCUCUGUCGGUACUGAGUGUUCAGAAGUCCGUGUGUGCGUCUUACAGAACCACAGAAUGGUUUGGGUUGGAAGGGACCUUUAGGACCAUCUCGUUCCAACCCCUCCUGUAGGCAGGGACACCUCCCAUGGGCCAGGCUGCUCGCAGCCCCAUCCAGCCUGGCCUUGGAUGCCUCCAGGGUGGGCUGUGUUGCUUAUCCAAACAUCUAAUUUCACAUCUCUUCCCAGCUUACCAAGAAAAAUCAAGAUGAGUCUCCGAAAGCAAACUCCGAGUGACUUCCUCAAACAGAUCAUUGGGAGGCCAGUUGUUGUAAAAUUAAAUUCUGGAGUCGAUUAUCGAGGUGUCCUGGCUUGCCUGGAUGGGUAUAUGAAUAUAGCUCUGGAACAGACAGAAGAAUAUGUAAAUGGACAAUUAAAGAACAAGUAUGGGGACGCAUUUAUCCGAGGAAAUAACGUAUUGUACAUAAGCACACAGAAGAGAAGGAUGUGAAGAUGCCAGAAGGAGGCUCUUCUGUAUUUGUGAAUCUCUCCAAAUGGAUGAGACCUAUUUCAUUUGUAGUUAACCAUUCACAGGUGACAGAUUCAAGUGCUUAAUUUUUUUUAAAUAAAUGUAAACCAGUGUAAGCUUCCUGAAUAUUUUUGUUGGAAAAUAUUGUUUGGUUCCGCUGUACAGAAAUAAAAAUGAAGC